AAUACACCAUUUUUGUUUUAAAUUUGCGUUUCACGUCCAUGUGAUUUGGGUUUAGAGAGAGGAAGAAGAGAAUAAAAAUAGCGCUGGGCUUAUAGCCGGGUUUAUAGAGAGAAGAAAGAAGAGGUCAUCGGCUUUACAAAGAGGCCUUGAUAAAGGAAGAUGGGAUGCUGAUUUUGAUUAGUUUGAAGAGGGAUUUCCUCUCUGAUUUGGGAUGUUGUUUGAGAGGAAGCCCUAACUGUACUGAUUUGUGAAAUUUUUAUAGAGAGAAAAGGAAGAGGGUUUUUCAUUUUCUUGGGGAAACAGCAAGCAGAGCUGAAGGAUUAGGUUUGGGGUGCUCCUAUUCGAAAACCCAAUAACAGAGGCAAGAACGUCGAAAACCAUGGAAGACGUCAUUCUCGAGCUCCAUGAGAUCGAAGCAGUGAAAUUUGGUAACUUCAAGCUCAAGAGUGGCAUCUUCUCUCCCAUAUACAUUGACCUUCGUCUUAUCGUCUCAUUUCCUCGCCUCCUUAAACUAAUCUCCACCUCCAUUUUCAACUCAGUCUCCUCUCUCUCCUUUGAUCUUGUCUGCGGUGUUCCAUACACUGCUCUUCCAAUAGCCACUUGUAUCUCUGCAACUAACAAUGUACCCAUGCUUAUGCGCCGAAAAGAAAUCAAAGACUAUGGUACCUCGAAAGCCAUCGAAGGGGUGUUUAAGCAUGGCCAAACUUGUUUGAUCAUUGAAGAUCUUGUAACCAGUGGAGCUUCUGUUCUUGAAACAGCAGCCCCAUUACGAUCAGCUGGUCUGGUUGUCAGCGAUGCCAUUGUUUUGAUUGAUAGAGAACAAGGGGGUAGAGAGAAUUUGGAGAAAAAUGAUAUCAAGCUUCAUUCUUUGAUUAAGCUUUCAGAUAUGUUGGGUGUAUUGGUUAGGCAUGGGAAGGUCUCAGAAGAAGUUGCAGAGAAUGUGAGGAAGUUUUUGGAGGAGAAUCAAGCUGUUGGUAUUGCGAAAGUUGCAGAGAAAGUGAAGGUUAAGAGGAUUCCUUACGGGGAGCGGUCGAGAUUGGUGAAGAACCCAACUGGUAAGCAGUUGUUUGAGAUAAUGGAUACGAAGAAGAGUAAUUUGUGCUUAGCGGCUGACGUCUUCACUGCUGCUGAAUUGCUGAGUCUUGCUGAUAAGGUUGGACCGGAGAUUUGCUUAUUAAAAACGCAUGUGGACAUAUUUCCUGAUUUCACACCAGAAUUUGGUUCUCAGCUUCGCUCGAUUGCAGAAAAACACAAUUUCUUAAUUUUUGAAGAUCGCAAAUUUGCUGAUAUUGGAAAUACAGUGACCAUGCAGUAUGCAGGGGGGAUCUUUCGCAUACUGGAUUGGGCUGAUAUUGUCAAUGCCCAUGUCAUCCCUGGCCCUGGCAUCGUGGAUGGCUUGAAAUUGAAGGGUUUGCCUGCUGGUAGGGGCUUGCUUUUACUUGCAGAAAUGAGUUCAGCUGGAAACCUUGCCAAGGGAGACUACACAUCAGCAGCAGUGAAAAUUGCUACAGAGCAUUUUGAUUUCGUGAUUGGAUUCAUAUCAGUCAAUCCGGCAUCAUGGCAAGAUGGGCCCGGAAAUCCUGCAUUUAUUCAUGCCACUCCUGGAGUUCAAUUGGUUUCUGGAGGAGAUGCACUGGGGCAGCAAUACAACACUCCUUAUUCUGUCAUUCAUGAUAGAGGAAGUGACAUUAUCAUUGUCGGUCGUGGCAUCAUUAAAGCGACAGAUCCAGCAGAGGCAGCCAGGCAGUAUCGUCUUGCGGGGUGGGAAGCGUAUAAGGCAAGCUGCUCAUAAACCUUUUAUGUCAGGACAAAGGUUUGCAACCUGGGGCAGCUGCAUUACUUUGUUACAGUGCCAUUAGUUUGGUUCAAACUAAUUGAAGCAUGACAGAAUAUAUGGUCAUCUUCAAUUUGGAUUUUGUUGAUUGCCAUGAAGAAUAAAGUGAAACUUUGAUUGGGUGUAUUCAUCAGCAAAAUGCAAGGAAAAAUCCCUUUAUUUGUAAGUUAUACGUCCAUUGGACUUCUUCUGUCUCAGUUAAAAUUCCAACUACCAGUAAUUCACUUAUUGGUGUGUAGUUACGGAUGGUCAAAUUGAUGAAAGCAAAUAAGUCUUGAUUACUGUGGUUCA